AUGCUUCUGCAUGAGGUUUGGGACCAGCGAGACAUCCAACACAUGGCUGCACCUGUGAAGAAGAGCACCAAGAAGGUCCGUGUGACAGUCAAGCCUCAUCUCCUCUUCAGGCCCUUGGAGCAGCAGCAAGGCGUGGUUCCAGACCCGGAUUCAGAGUAUCGCCUGUUUGACAGAGUCGUCAACACCAGGGAGAGCUUCACCGUCCCACUGGGACUCCGAGGAACAAUCAUCGGCAUUAAAGGAGCGGAGCGUGAGGCAGAGGUCCUGUAUGAAGUGCUUUUUGAUGAAGAAUUUGCUGGAGGUCUCAACAUCAGGUGUACGUCGCCUCGUGGUUACCGCCUCCCCCCCUGCGCUCUCAUUAACCUCUCCCACGGAGCCCGAGUGGAUCACACCUCCCACAAACUCACCGCCAUCGUCAAACCUCAGCCCGCCGCAGCCACAAACUUCAACUCACAGCGUCAGCUGGGCGGCCUGAACCACUCUCCACGUUCACCCUUUAUGCCCACACAGCAUAACAACAAGCACGGUGUGGUGAAGGCAGCCGCCCAGGGCAACAGGAACUCUCCCUCUAAGGGUCUCAUCCAGAAACAGCAGGCCAAGAAUAAAGUGGAGUACAUUAAUGUGUGGCAGUCUCUGCAGAGCUCUGGCCCUCCUCACAAACCUCCUGCUCACUGGCAAAAUAAUGAAGGACAGUCCCAACAGGGUGGGAAACAGCACUCCAACAAAGAUGCCCCAGUUGGUGCCAUCAAACUUUUGAAGAAAAAUGAAGACGUCAACUCCAUUGUCCCCUCACAGAACACAGCCAAUAAGGCUGCGACCGAGUUUGAGGACCUGAUAGCCAGUCUCAAGAUCUCUAAGGGUAGCCAGCAGACCCCACCCCCUCCUGCUCCUCCACAAGCACCCACCAGCCAGUCAGAUGGCCCGUUGUCUCCGCAGUCCUUCGCCAUGAAGGGGACGCUGGUGCUGAAGGAGAUGCUAAAGAUUGACGGCGCUGGAACAGGAAGUCCUUCAUCCCAGGAGGCGGCCAACAGCGCCGCCUUCGGUGGUCAUCAGCAGAACAGGAGACGAUCGUCCAAGAAACUAGCAGCUAACAUGAACAUCCCCCACGGUGAUGCAGCUGUAUUAGCAUCUCCUGCGUCUGCUCCCUCCGCCAACAUCUCCAAUGCUGCGCUGAACAGCAAGGUGUCAGAGCUGGCGUGUGUCUGUGUGAGGCUAGGAAUGCCACCACCCGAGUUCAGCUACAUAGGCAACAGACAGGGUCUAGUAGUGUGUCAGGUGAAGCUGUCCAAUGGGUUGAUGGUUCACGGACCACAGUGCCAAUCAGAAAAUGAUGCCAAGGAGAAAGCUGCCUUCUUUGCCCUCCAAAGACUGAACUCAGUGGGAUCAGGCUUCCCCCUCCCACCUCCUCUAUACCCAGGAGUGGGUCAGAUACGACCCCCACCCAUGAACCCUGUCUUCAACCAACAAGGUGGAUUGCUGUUGCCUCCCCAGGGUUACGCCCCAGCCCCUCUGUGGGGAAUGACGCUGCCCCCUCACCACCACCCGAACCAACCGUUCUGUGGAGCAGCAGGGACCUUCCCCGGUGCCGCCCGCCACCAGCCUGCAGCAGCGCCGCCUGUCGCCUCCCACCACCAGUUCAUUCCAUUACAGGUGACUAAGAAGCGAGUCUCAGCCAACAAGAAGAACCAGGAAACUCGAGAGUUUUACAGUGCCGCCCAAACCGUGGCCAGACACCAGUCACAGAGAGGCCAGAACCAGCCCCCUGGCCAAUCACAGGCUCAGAGCGGUAAAGUCGACCAGCCGCACCAACACUCCACCAACAGCCACCCCUCCUCGUCCAGUCCUGGCCCAGCAGACGGCCUUUCCGCGACGACAGCGGCCCCGCACACGCCCCCGCGACAAAACAUGCCAGCAACAGGCCACACCCCUGGCUCCGCCUCCAAGAGGAAGCACAGAAAGCUGGCCGUCAACUUCGAGGCGGCUAAAGUCUCUGAGUGAUGAGCUGAUGUGUGUGUGUGUGUGUGUGUGUGUGUGUGUGUGUGUGAGGAGAAAGAGGCAUGUUUGGUGUUUUUAAGCUGCUGUUUUAAGCCUGACUCAGCAUCUCUGAUCAAAACCUCGUCAAUGUGAAAGUGUCUUUACGCUCAUCAUCUCCGUGUAGAGCUUCAGGCGAGGCCAGGGCGCAGAGCAAACGUCGUUUUAUUCGUUUCCCUUCCUCAUGUGAGCAAAGCGAUUCCCACUUUGACUCCGCCGUCUGCCUCAAGACACGACCCGAAAGCUCCCCUCACCUCGUCACUUGACUCCUGUCAGAGAAGCAAAGUCUACCAAACAUGGCUGUUGUGGUUCUGUGUUCCCGGUGUGGAAUGUGUUACUGGUGUGGAAAGGAAUCCAGUGCAUUCUGGGAUGUUUUCUUUCUUCUUUGGGUCUUUCCUUAUAGAGGUUGGUUUCCUCUUCUGAGCAGCUUCAAGUCUUAUUUAGUCUUUAUUCAGCGCACUUAAAGGAAAACUGGGGUUUAUUAUACCUCGCAUUUCAUUUCUGUAGCUCUGACUGUUAAUUCCAUCAGUGUUGAUGCUCAAAAUUGGUCCAGCAGGACAACAAAAGCAAACCGUCAGUGAUCGUGACCCAAACACUCAGCCGUAAACAUCCGUCCUGCUCGUGUUUGCACCUGUUUCUUAUGAUGUUGCUCAACAGAUCAUCAUAGCUGGUAGAACAGCUGGCCGGAGCUCCAAAAAUCAAACCCAUGCUCUGGUUAAGAGGAGUGGAGUGAAACACUGCCUUAAGAGUGCAUCGUCUUCAUUAAAUGUACAUUUUAGAGAAAAUCCAAGUGGGGAAAUAAAAAUUUAAUUGAAUAGCCACGUUCUGACGCCAGCACACUGAAACCAACUAAGUGGCUCAGAGGAAAAAGAGUUUUCAGUUUGGGGAAUAACGCAGCCUAUAGAAUCAGAAAUCAGUGUGGUCAUUGUUAUUAUUCAUGUUGCUUUCUUUCGGCCGCUCCGGUCAGUCGUUGCAUCGUCCCUCUCCCUCAAAUGUUGCUUUGCGUGCGGACGGCGGCCGAGACUUGAGACCAGAUGUGUUGAGAUUUAUCAUAUUCCUGAUAGUCCUCGAUGUUUUGUGAAACCUCUUCAAUCGAAUUCGGAUCUUGGUUCUCCCCUCUGAAGCCCUCUUCACGCCCUCACAUUUGCACAGCAGUGGCGGCUACUUCCUGCUUUCCUCGUAAACGUAGUAAAUGCUAAGCUCUUCACCUGCUCAUCAUUAGAAAACUAGCUUGAAUGCAUAUGAUGCUGCCUUGGCCUUGUUUUGUUUUUUAGGGGGGUGUUAGUGUUUAACUCUGGAUCAAACUGGGCCUUCUAUCAUCAGCGUUGUCGGGUUUGGAUCAGUGGUGUUAAUCAGGCACAACAUCGUUCAUCUGUUUGAAUGUUUCUCUUUGUGUUGUGAUCUUUGCUUCCCAUCCAGUCUGACAGCCUUUCAUUUCCUUCAGGCUUUUGACGCCUUGCUGCAUUUUUCUAUUGUUUAUGCCAUAAUGACACAGCCAAAGUAAAAGUGAGUGCACACAUGGCAGAAUUAGACAUUAGAAUUGAUUGGAACACACACACAAACACACACACACACACACACUGUACGUGCGAUGUUAUUGCCAUGGCAGAGCUUAACACCAGCACAUAGCCCAGAGUCAAACAGCGUUAGAAUAGCCAGAUGUGUCCAUUUUAUUCGUGCAGCUGGACCUUAUGAAGAUUGAAUUUGACCGAUGAUCAGUCACACUUGUUGGGUUGUUUGGACCUACAGGAACCUUCACACUGCCAGAUUCCAAAAGCAUCUUGAUACAAAGUCAGUCUUUCCAAUAUUUUUAAUUGAGUAGCACCAGAGUUUGUGGUUGAUUUUACACAGGCGCAAAAAAACAACCUUCUUUAUUUCUAUUUUCUUGAUUCCACGAGUGUAUUUUUUAACUGCUAAGGUUACAGAUUUGUUUCUUGUGAAUAUGGGAGCUCACACAGUUGAUAAGUUUAUGGAAUAUUGGGCUUUUCUUGAAUAAAGAUAGGAAAAAUGUCCCAUGUAUGUACUUCAUAUUCAAUUGAAACCAACAUUUCUAUUUCUGAUGUUCCGUUCUGAUGUCGCAUACAGGACAGUUUCUAUUGGUCCAAACUUUUCAUUUUAAUGUGUCUCUACUAUCAUUGAUUAUCUUGGCUAAGAAAGACAAAAGAAAGCACUGAUGUACAGAGAUGCCUUACGCUCCCAGAAGUUAUUUUUGGAUCUGUGAAAAUGCAGCGUUCUCAGUGUUGUACUGAUCUAUUUAAAUUGUUUAUAGUUGCAUCAUAUAAAUGAUGCUAAAUGAAGUGUCUCCAAGGUGCUUUUGGGAACAUUCUUCCUAGUUUUGGUGGUUUUCUGAAGCUGUUUGGCUAUUUUAAAUUCUUUGCUUUAUUAUGAACCUCUAUACACGUCUGGACUUAUCUACACAAACAUGCACGCGUAUAAAAUCUCUCUAUUUUAAAGAUCUUUUUUUCUUUUUGAAGCUAUGGAUUUUAUGGCUACCGUUUUUAUAGGCGUUUUUUUUCUAAGCAAUCUGAGUAAUAAUUGUUUCAGUCAUGGUUGUGGUGGAGCUGCAGCGAUGGAAGCAGCUGCAGUGACUCGUGAAGCCUAUUUUCUUUGUCCUUGUUUUUUGGGACACAUGCGUACAGUAUGUUUUUGGUGUUUGCUGUUUUAAGACAGAAGUCCUUACGCCAACCCUGUGACUCAAGUCUGUAUGACUCUGGUGCAAUAAGGGGAGGUUUUAAAACAUUUUGGAAAUUGAAGCACACCUGUUGUGUAUCUAUUGUUUUUUGUUUUUGUUUUGUUUGUUUUUUUUGGGGGGGGGGGUGAAACAAAGUAGAGACUUCUCCAUAUGCAGAGAUAAUGACUUGCUGUUUUAAUUCAGGAAUGUGCUGUACAUACCCAUUUAAUUAAAGUGAAUCUUUUGUUACAGCGUGGCUGCUUCCUUUGGCCUCAGAAACUGCAUGAUGGAUCCUAAAUCCAUACGUCUACCGGACAUCCCGCUUACUUUUUAAAAUGUUUUAAUUGACAUUUUAAGUCAGGCCAUUUAUGUGUUCAUGAAGAAACAACAAAAUUUGCUUCCUAUUAAUGAAAAAUUCAAUUCAGAAGGAAUGAAACACACCUUUGCUCAGUUCAGUACACUCAGGGGUUUAACUGCUACAGUCUGAAGUGCUCUGAUAUGACCAUUGUGCUAGCUUUUAGCAUUGGCAUGAAGUCAGUCAACGUCACUUUCAGAGCAAUAAGCUUAGCUACCAUUAGCUAGAGGUUGCUAACCAUUUGCUAACCAGACCAUGCAAGGCUGGAGCAAAAACAACAGAGCAAGGGUCCUUUUUAUUUCCUAUAAAUUCAACUUUUCAUUCAUACAAGUCAUUUUGGAUUGCUUCUUCUGUUAAGCACUGAAUAUAUGAAAUGAUGAUUAAAGUGUUCAUACUUCUGCGCA